UUAAUCAGUCCUUGUAUUUGCUCCACAAGGCACCAAGAAACAAAGCACACAAUCAGCUUAAAUAUUAAAGUUGAAAGAAUGAAAGAUUCAUGUGCUUCAGCCAGAGAGAUAUUCUUGCCGGCUGAAUAUAAGAUCUCCUGCCAGCAGAAGGCUGAAAAAUGCAGCAGCCAGAAUUGAUAUGCGGGCAAUGGGGGCCCUGCAUUUAGAGAGACAGAUUCAAACCAAUCAGGCUAAAUGAAUCAGCAGGCCCAAGCCUUAUCUUCGUAGAUAACCCUCAUUAAUCCAGUGAGCUUCCGAGGACAAAAGAAAGAAAUGAAUUGCUUCAUUUGUGUCGCUUGAAUGGAAUGCUAAUGAGGGGAGGUGGAAAAAAAGUUAAUUAUUCAUGCCAGCAGACUGAGAAGAAGGCAGCUCCUGGCUUCCCCUGUUACCAUUGCAACAAGUGGCUGUCGGCCUAGCGAGGGCAAGGUAGGAAAACAUUCAGAACUCUUCAAGAGACAAGAUGCCUUCUCAGGAAAGAAAACCCAUGUUCUGCAUCACACACAGCCAGAUGGAUUUAAGAGCAAAGCCCUUGGUAGCCUGGAACCAGGAAAGGAAGUCCUUUAUAUCUCAAAUUUACUUCAUCAUUAACCACUCCUGCUGGGGGGGACCGCAUGGCCUUGGAAGAAGAGAAAAUCUUUAUAAAAUUAAUGCUUGGAAACCAUGCAGAAAUAUUCAGUAUAAUAAUGCAGCAGAAAAAGAGUCAAGCUUCUCAAAGGAUGUUCUGCUGGCACAAAACAUGAAAAUGAGUUCAUCUAUAGUCAUUUCACAGAUGAUUGAUGAGAAUAAAUCAAAAGAAAAUAAGGCUGCUUUCACUAUGCAGUCUGUAAUCACCCAGUCAGAUGCUUAUCACAUGAACCAAUCUUUGGUUAAUCAUAGCUCAGUCAACAUUAAUAGAGCAUUCAUAAUGCUUCCCAGAAGAUUAGUUCAGAUAUCUUCUGAUGACAGUGUAUUCAGAACAGACUCUGAAACCAAAGAGAAGAAACAAUGUCCUAACCAGAAGAAAGGCUUUACUUCUAUCACAAUCACUGCUAGACGAGUUGUUCCGCCUUCUUACCAGACAACGCAAGCAGAUGCUUCUGACUCUUCUUGUUUGCAAUGCCAGGGAGGCAAGCUGCUAAUGAGCACAGCUACUGCUUUAGCUGUGUCUGGGCUUGAUCAGGUCUCCAGAUCUUUGUGCAAUCAGGCAUCCCAAAACCAAACUGCCACUAAAAUGAAGCCUUCUGAACUUUGUACACAGCUGCGCAAGGAGUCUUCUGAUUGGCUUUCUAGCACUGAAAACAAAGAGAACAGAAUGGUCUCCCCAGAAAGCAACCAUAAUGAAAAGGCACAAUCUUCCUUCAUUUCAAGUGUUCACCUUCAUAUUCCCCAGCAGAAUCCAAAUACAAUAUAUUACAUAGACAAGUCACUCACAAUGCCUAUCAACCAAACUCAGAGUAACAACCAAAAAAUGCAUAGGUCAGUAAUGUCUUUCAAUAUAAAUUGCAGUUCUACCAGUUUAACGCCAGAUGGAGUAGAUGGUUUAGCUAAUGGGAAACUAAUCACAGAAGUACUUAAGACAAAGCUCCCAGAGGAUAGCAAGACUCCACUCAGAGCAAUUUGGAAUACAGAUCCAAAGGAGAUCUACUUGGAUAGAAAACAGACCUUGGAAACAGAAUCUUUGGGGACUGAAUAUCUCUGGAAACAUACCUCUCCAUCUGAAGCUUUGUCAGUUGUGGAUAGCCCUCAAGGACUUAGUAACUUAAAGCUAACAAAGAGUAAUGACAAAAAUCCAAGUGACAAUCACAUUACAUUGUCUCCCCUCAUUCCUCACUGGACUUAUGAUGAAGACUCACAAGCAUUCUUGAGAAGCAGCAGAAAACAGUGCAAGAGAGACAAAUAUCAUGAAGCACCUUCUUCCUUUCUGGACCAGUCAUCCAAGCAUGAGCUCACAGCAGAAGGUGGGAGUUCUUUGAAAGACAAAUAUCCAUCCAAAGGCACUUUGAAGUCCAAAGAGAUUCAGGCCCAAAGCUUUCUAAAACCAAAAAUAUCUGUUUCUGAUUAUGGGUGUCAUGGAAAGGCUUUAUUAAAAACAGCACUGGAUGAGAAUGAUAUCCACAGGAAUUAUCAUUUUCCAAAAGGUGAUUACAAAUUCUGUGAUGCUGCUGACAAGCUGAAAGGAUAUAAUACAAGUGAGAAGAAAGAGAUGGUCAGGGAGGUAACAACAACCUCCACAGUUCAUGUACCAAAUGUUAGUCAUGAGAAACAUGAAGCCUUCCAGCAGCCAGAGGUCUGCUCUGAGCCUGAGAACAUUCCUUCAAACCCACUGUCUCUCAGGGAAGCUCUGGAAAUUCACAAACCUCACUUUAUUUCUCGCUCACAAGAACGGCUGAAGAAACUUGAACACAUGGUUCAGCUGAGGAAAGCCCAGCAGGGAGAUGCUUCUGGAAAGAAACAAGGAGCUGCUCUUUCUCGCAAACUUUCCUCCUCUUCAAUUACAAGCAAGAAGAGGCAGUACACGGUUCCUCAUCCUCUCAGUGAUAACCUGUUUAAGCCAAAAGAAAGAUUCAUAUCUGAGAAAGAGAUGCAUAUGCGAUCAAAAAGGAUUUAUAAUAACCUGCCUGAAGUGAAGAAGAAACAAGAAGAAAAACAGAAACAGAUAAUCUUACAAAGCAACAGGUUGAGGGUGGAAGUCUUCAAGAAGCAAUUACUGGACCAGCUUCUUCAAAGAAAUACGAUUUAAGAUUCCUUGGCAGGCCAUGCUUCUUAGACUUCGAAUGGCUUUGUUAAUUAAAAAGCCAUAUAGACUUAUCAGGAACUUCAUGAUAUGGAGACUUCCUUCGUUUCCUGUAUAUAAAGAAACAGCUUGAAUUUUUAAAAACAAAAGUUCAAGUGAUUGUGCAAAAUCAGUGGAAUAUAGCGGUCCAUGACCUAUGGAAUAAUCGUUUUAUGCAGUUUUAAUGAGGCAUUUACUUCCUUUAACAGACAGCUUUUUAUUAAUAGAGUCACAUUUGUGCAAGUUAACCCUCACUCCAAAUAUAUAUGUAUGUAUAUAGUAUACAUAUAUUGGAUUGGAUUCAAGAUUCCAUGCACAAGCAGGUGGCACUUCUGCUGAAAAACAGUAGCCCACAAUUGCUGCAGAUUUUCAGCUCUAGCUGUAGCCCUUUAUAUCUCAUCACAGAUUGUUUCUGAGGGUUCUUGAUUCUCUUGAACUACUUGUUGGGAGUGCGCACAACCUGCAGCCAGAAGAGAGAGACAAGAAAAAUCCAUUCCUUGACUGGAACUCCAUGCAUAAUUUUCUGGAUUCCACCCAUAACUCCCAUUUAUUCCUGAUGGCUUCAUGUUGAAGCUUGCUGGUUUUGAAAGUAAGGAAAAAUGAAUAUCAUUUUGUUAUGGUUAGAAAUGAGCUAAAAUAACAAUACCACCUAAUCAUUUAAACUGCAGUUUUAAAUUAAGGGUUCACAUUACAAUAGGGACCAAUAUUUUAGCUUCUGAAGGACCUCACUUUUGUUUAUAUAGUAAACCAAAUAAGAGGGUUACCUGUUAAAAACUACUCUUUAGAACCUAGGUAGUAAUUCUGCUUUUGAAACAUGUUCUUUGCUGCACCAUGUAAUUUUGCCUGGCUUCACAUGGCAUAAUGUAUUUAUAGAUACGCAUAUUUUUAAAAAGUGGCACCAAUCUACUCAGUGGUUUCUACCAAGAAAAAAUGCUUGUGUAAAGAUUAUGUAAUUAAAACCAUUUGUAAUAUUUCCUUCAAAAAUAUUUAAAAUUGUACAUCUGAAAUACAGAAAACU